AUGUCCAAAGCAAAAAUAGAUCUUGCCAACUUGGAUUUCAGCCGUACCUACUCAUUUGAAGAGUUCGAGUUAAUUAAUAAACAACUCAAAACACGCUCCUUAGAAGUCAAAGGGCAACCAGUCAAUUUAUUUGACCUCGACAAAAACGGAAAGCUUGUUCCAAUUCCACAGGCCACUGCGUGCAUGGAGGCUACUGUUUCAACAAUCGGUCGACCAUUUACUCCCACAUUCGUUGUCGAGGUUGGAGAUACCGAAAGUAGAUCGACAUUCGAAGAGUUAGAUGGCAAAUUUAAACGCGAAUACUUUGCAGUUGGAACAUCUGUACAACUCG